UUGAACAGCAGUCUUUCAUUGACCAUUUCCAAGUGAGGACGUGUUUACAGAGAAGCAAACUAGCUUUUCCCGCGUCAUGGCGUACAAUAAAGACGAAAUGAACGCACCCAAGUGGAUGGAUGGGGCGUUUUUUGAAAAAGUGCUACAACAGUCAGAGAACGAUGACUCUGUCAAAGUUACGGAAUUUACGACUGCGCCCGGAUCCAAACCCGGAGACCACUUUGCAAGCAUCAUCUUCCGAGCAGCCGUUAAGUUUGUGGGCCAGGGCAAGUCAAAGGACAUUUCUCUAAUUGUCAAAACUUUGCCGGAGUUGGAGGGUAUAAAGAAGGAUCUGCUCGAGGAUGGACGACUGUUUGAAACUGAAGCGACCAUGUACAAUAUUGUGCUUCCGGAAGUGCACAAAAUGUUGCGAGCUGUAGGAGAUGACACCGUUCUGGGGCCAAGACUGCAUUACUCCUCAAAGGAUCCGGUUUGGGUUAUGGUUUUUGAUGAUCUUUCCAAAAAAGAUUUUGUUACUAAGCCAACUCAACUAAAUUUGGCUGAAGCAAAGAUGUUUUACGCGAAACUUGGUAGAUUGCAUGCCGCCUCAAUGUGUCUUGCUGAGAAGCUCCCGAAUAUUAAGAAAAUGGAUUGUAACAUCGGAACUGCCUUCAGAGGAGAUGUCACUGAUUUAUGGGUGGAGAAUAUCAGCAUUCUAGCUAGACUUUGUCUGGAAUGGCCUGGAUACCAAAGCUAUUUCGAACAACUUGAAAAGUUCAAAAAACAGAUAAUAGAAAAAAUGUGUGGCAUUUACACUUGUAACAAAUCCUCACUGUACAACGUUUUAAAUCAUGGCGAUUGCAAUUAUAGGAACUGCAUGUAUAGAAUUGUUGACGGAAAAACACAGGACCUAAUGCUGCUCGAUUAUCAGCUUAGCUCUUGGGGUUCACCUGCAGUCGAUAUCAUCUACUCGCUGUACCAGGCAGUCAGUGUUGAAACCAGAGACAACCAUCGCGAUGAGCUGAUCAAAUUUUACUACGAUGAAUUUGCAACAGCAUUGAAGAAGUUUGACUACGGACCGAAAAUCCCUACGUUGAUAGAUCUUCGCGUUGAAAUAACCAGGUGUGGUCAUUUGGAAUCAUUCCUGUCUACGACAUUUUUGCCAAUGUUCUUGUUGACUCCGGAUGAAAUGGUGCCCCAAAUGGUCGAAAGCUCCGACAAUGACAUCGAGAUCGAUUUGGCCAGUGUGAAAGCUUGGGAAAAUCUCUCCGAUCGUUGCUUUCGGCAUCCCAAAUAUGCCGAGGCAAUCAAGAGAUACCUGCCAACGUUUUGGGGCAAGGGACUGCUUGAUUUUUGAGAUACGUGUAUUAUUUGUUAAAUGUAUUCCCCCAAUAGAUUAUAAAAGAUAUAUUAUUAUUGAUUGCUGAUUACGUGAUAUCGCAAUAAAAUCGAUGCUUGUUAA